AUGCCGCAGUACACUCCGGGAAAUUAUUACGAUCCGUCCCAGUCGCAUCAUAGACAUUCAAGGUCGUUCUACUCGACCUAUCAUCCAUCGGGGCCACCACAAGCUUCGCAACCCCAAUAUAUGGCUCCUCCUCCACCUGUGCAUGCGCCACCAAUGUACCAAGAACAACCUAGCAGUGGGGGUAUCAACUCAGUUUUGGAGUAUGACCUUAACAACAUGGCCACCUUCUUGAGUUGGUGUACCUACGGAAUGUUGAAGCAAGAUAAGACACCUAGCAAAGAAUUUGAAAAUUUAAUUGUCUCCGUGUUAUUCGCAACUAGAUUGCCUAAGUCGACAAUUAUUAUUGCUCUUGAAUACAUGAAUCAGAGAUUCUCGAAUAAGAAUUUCGGCGACUUAUUGGAGCAAGAAAUUUUUACAAAGUUGAUUGUUUCAUUAGUUUUAGGUAACAAGUUCAAUGACGAUAAUACCUUCACUAACAGGUCAUGGUGUGGAGCUACAGGCUUACAAAUCGAAGUAAUCAACAAAGAAGAAAAAGAUUGGUUGAAAGAGAUAAACUGGCAAUUAAAUGUGGUCAACUUUGAAACCAACAUAAAAACGUUGGAAGAAUGUUGGAAAACUUGGUUGGAGAAGUACAGUGGAAACCCAAAGUACAAUUCCCCAUCUGUGCCGCAAAACUAUUCUCCAUACACUCCACAUACUACCUACCAACCUACUAGCAUCCCAUCAUCGCCAGUCUAUCACGAGUCUUCAUAUUCAUAUGGUUACGCAUCUUCCCCAAUCACUUCAUCCCCUAUAAAAUACGCUCAUGAAUCAAUAUGGUCAAACUCUAAUCCAGCGGCUAAGAGUAAUAAUAAUAUCUGGUCAUAUACUCCAACGUACCAAUAUGUUCCAAGCAAUGGUUCAAUGUUCCCUGAACCAACAAAUCCUUACUUUGGAGCAUCUAAUUUUGUGGGUUACACUAACCCAUAUUACAACUACAAUACAGCUUCUUGUUAA